AUGGUCGCCGACAUUGGUGGUACCCAAAAGGUCCAGUGGAUAUCGCAGUCUGUUCCCAUUGUGAACCUUGCCCUGGGUGCGCCUGUGUCACAGGCCGCUGACUAUUGGGGUCGUAAAUGGUUUCUGGUCAUCUCAUGUGCCUUUGCUGUUGUGGGAAGCGUUAUUGUCUCGCGUGCCACCGACAUCGAUAUGGCACUGGCAGGCAACGCUCUCGCGAGCAUUUCUACAUCGGCGCAGCCGCUUCUUUUCGCUGUAGCAUCCGAGAUCCUUCCUCGUCGUUUUCGUCCUGCUGCCCAAGGCGGUGUCACUGGUAUAUUUGCCUUUGGUGCCAUCAUCAACUUGACGCUGCGAGAGAAGCUCAAGAAGCUCGACUGGGUGGGCAUCAUUACGCUUGCCGUUGCCGUCACCGCCCUCUGCAUUGGACUGACCUGGUCUGAAAACCCCUUCCCGUGGAAGGAUGCCCAUGUACUCGCUCCAUUUUUGGUCGGCAUCACUCUCAUAGUCUGCUUGGCACUGUAUGAAGGCUUCAUUAAGAAGGACGGCCUGUUCCACCAUGAAAUCUCCGUUUUAUUCGAGUCAAACCCGAUUUUGACUACUUUGAAUUUCUCCGUCGUCUUCAUGGGAGCCGUCCUUGGCAGUAUCGUUGCCUCCGUGUACUGCUCCUGGAGCAAACAGCUGAGAUGGCCCCUGGUUAUCUCGUAUGUUGGAUGUGUCAUCUUUUAUGCGUGCUGGAUGUCCGUCGGAUUCGGCGAUUACAAAAACACAUGGGUCUUCAACAUCUUCCUCGGCCUCGGCUUUGGUGGAUGCUUGACCUGCAUUGUGGUGGCAGCCCAGUUCAGCGCACCGCCCGAACUACUCGCACUUAGUAGUGGUGCCCUUAUUACUGCCCGGUCUGCCGGUGCAGCAAUCGGCUUCGCAAUUGGCAACGCCAUUUUCAACUCGCAGAUAAGCAAGAACCUUGCAAAGGAUAUUGCUUCAGCUGUCACUCCUCUUGGCCUGCCAUCGGAGUCCCUUGGUCCGUUUAUUCAGGCCUUGAACAACCACGACGACAAUGCCUUUGCCGCGAUUGAAGGUAUCACUCCUGAGAUUAUCCAGGCUGGCGUUCAUGGUCUACGCCAAGCAUACAUCACAUCGCUCCGUCCUCUCUAUGGUUUCGGACUUGCUUUGUCCGCCAUCGCUGUCAUCGCUUCCUUCUUUAUUAAUGAUCCCAAGAGAGAUUUCACCAUGGAAGUCGAUGCACCGCUGGAUGGGCCAAAGGAGCAACAGGAGAAGCGAGUGCAUGCUUAG